CGUCAAAACAAAAGCAACCGGUUUGCCGCGGGGAAGAAGAUGCGGCCGAUCCCUACUCCUAUAAAACGCCCGCGUCCCGGAGCCGGAGCCUUCACUUUUUUCGGCCCCCUCCACCCGUUCGAGCAACAUCCGCGGAUACGAUUGGCCAUCAAAAAUGAAUAUCACAGCGGGGCUUGUGCUCCUUCUGGCCCUCGCAGCCCCUCAUCACUGUAAGCGGACAAAACGAUGGGAUGAAAGCAAGGGACAAAAUCAAGAAGGCUGGGUUCGAGGUACCGCUGGCGUCGACUACCCAGACUACAAGGAAAUUCCCCGCACAAGUUUUCGCUGCAGUCAGCAGCCGUACGAAGGCAUGUAUGCGGACUUGGAAGCGCAAUGUCAGGUUUACCACGUAUGCCACAAUGGCCGAAAGGAGAGCUUCCUGUGCGGACCAGGAACAAUCUUCAACCAGCAAAUUCGUGCCUGUGACUAUUGGUACAGCUUCGAGUGCGACGAAGCACCCAAUUGGUACUACCUGAACGCCGAAGUGAAUGUUGAGAGCCCACAGCCACUGCAGCCUCUGCCCGGAAGUGGUGGAGGUGCUGCCGGUGGCGGAGGUGGCGCCGGUGGUGGAGGUCGCCCUGGACCAGCUUACCUUCCCGGUGGAACAGGCGGAGCAGCAGGAGGAGGGGGUGGGGCACCUGGCGCUGGUGGCUAUGCUGGCGCGGGAGGCGCGGGUAGAUACCCAGGAAGUUCCGGCUCUCCAGGAACAGGUGGUUACCCAAGUGGCCCUCGUGGACCUGGUGCCAGUGGUUAUCCCGGAGGUGCUGGUGGUUACCCAGGAGGAGGUUCUGGCCGACCCGGUGCUGGGGGUUAUCCAGGCUCUGGAGCUGGAGGACCUGGUGCUGGCAGUUAUCCUGGAUCAGGAAGCGGUAGGCCUGGUGCCGGUGGCUACCCUGCUGGAGGAGGAUACGGCUCUGGGCCAAAACCAGGCUCUGGUGGACAAGCCGGAAAGCCUUCUGGUGGACUUAGUGGUCCUUCGGGAUCAGGCGGUUACGGAGGUCCUGGUGGUCCUGGAGGCCCCGGAGGUCCUGGAGGUCCUGGUGGUUUUGGUGGUCCCAGUGGCCCGAAAGGUCCUGGAGGCCCUGGGGGACCUGGUGGUUAUGGUGGUCCCAGUGGUCCCGGUGGCCCUGGUGGACCUGGCGGUUAUGGUGGUCCCAGUGGUCCCGGUGGCCCCGGAGGUUCUGGUGGAUAUGGUGGUCCGAGCGGUGCUGGUGGUCCCAGAAGUCCUGGUGGUUAUGGUGGCCCGAGUGGUCCUGGAGGUCCCGGUGGGUAUGGUGGUCCCAGUGGCCCCACAGGUCCUGGUGGUGCGGGGGGUCCUGGUGGUCCGAAAGGACCAAGUGGACCCAAGGGACCCGGGGGUGCUGGAGGCCCUGGUGGUUAUGGAGGAUACGGAGGACCCGGAGCAGGACCUGCACCGGGUGGCCCUGGCCCAUACUUGGCGGGUGGUGGUCCUGGUUCUGGGUCUUAUCCAGGUGCUGGUGCCGCGUCUCCACAAGGUGGCUCAAGACCUUCUGCCGGCGGAUAUAGCGUCGUUCCUACUGGGCCUCGCCCAGCACCUGCAACGUACCCAGGUUCACCAGGGUCUGGUGCCUAUCCGGGAGCAGGCACUGGUCCUGGUGCAUCAGGAGCCGGUGCACAACCCGGAGGAGGUGGAGCAUGGCAAGGGCCUGAGUACCCAAGCCCCACUGCUGGUGGUGCCGGAGGUGGUGGCUACUACACGUCUGACAGCGGGGCAUACUCAGGUGGUUCCGGAUAUCCCGGCCAAGACGGGUCCGGCCAGCUGCCAGGGGGUGCUCCGCAGAGACCUCGUGGUGGAGGCCGGGGUCGCAGGCCGCAGGGUGGCUAUGGGUCACCUAUGAUGAUGGGUGGUGCCGGUGGUGACUGAGGCCGUCAGAAAGGACAAUUGAUAGUGUUCACUUUGACGGCAGCUGUUGCGAAACUACUUCCAGACCUCAAUCCACCAAACACUCUGUCGUUAUACCUACGACAUAUUAUGAAAACACGACGUGAAACAGAAUUUUUAUUCUUAGGCGACUCAAAACUUCUAAACAAAAGCAUUAUAAUGUUUUCCUAACACACAUUAUGAUUAGGCUUUUAAAGAUUAUUCUUAGACUAUUCAAAACUGAAUUGAGUGCGCAGCACAGCUACGUUCGCUGUUUCCUUUCGAUAUACCCAGUGCAUUAGAAGGAAAUGUUAAGGUGCCACCCACUCCAGCAUCGGCGUCGUAUAAGAAGUCGCAUACCGAAGCAAAGUGUUCUCGUCGUUGCAGUCGAUAUGAAAUUGUUGUCUAUUUUUUCGUUACCAUGUUUUCUUCACGACUCUUGUUCAUUGUGGUUACCAUAUGUACCAUUUUUUUUUCUUUUCAUUGUUCUACUAUAGCAAAGACGCAUGUUGACAAGGGUGGUAGCUUUUUGCUAUGUGUUCCUUACAGAAUCAUCAAUAGAGCUCAGUUUUUCUGCGGCAGUAUCAGCGCUCCGUUGGAUAUCAACUUAGCGAAAUUUCAGUACUGUCCUUUUCUUUCCCGAAGCGAAAAAAACAGACAGCACUGAGUGUUGAAUUUGAAAUUAAUAAAUUGACAAAAAUAUACUGCUGGCUUCCCUCACUUGAA